CCCUCCCUCUCUCUCUCUCUCUCUCUCUCUCCCCCUUCUUGAAUUUUCUCUCUCCCUCUGUGCUUUUGGUUUCUGGGUUGAAAAUGGUGAUCUGUGUGGAGGAAAACAGUGAUAGCAACAGAGAAGCAGCGAAGGGUAAAGGAGCCAUGGUUCCAAUGCAUGCACCACGGUCAAACCCAAGUGGCUCACUGCCAUUACAGACAAAUCACAGCUUGUCUCUCACUUUUCUCAGUGACCCUCGAGGGCAAGGGGUUGUGUUGAAGAUGUCUCAAGCACCUGAAACGAAUUUCAUGACAUUUCUUCCAUCUGGCUCUCAACUCAAGCUCAGCUUACAAAUUCCUCAACCCACUUCACUUCCUACAAAGCCAACUUCGACCAAGAUGCUUGAUUGGAGCCACCCCACAAAAACUGCUGCUAAUCGCUCUCAAAUCAUCAAAACUCUUAGAGAAAUGGUCAAGAGGGCCGUGACCGAGUUUAGAUUAUUGUCGUCGCCCAUGAACCUUAACGAAAGAGCCAACUUCGACGACGUUGUUGAAGCGGUUCCCGUCUCCUUUAGACCCCCUCAACCACCCAACACGGAUAUGGUUUUGUCUCGGAAAAAGAGAGUGACGACGUUACUCGUGGGGGAAACCCUAGUUUCGUUCCAACUUCCUUACAAUUGUCCGUUUAAUCUCGAGGAUCUUGAGGAGUUGGUGGAAGUAGAGAGGAAUGAGGCAACGGCUCUAAAUACAACUGGUGAGAUUAUUUAUAAUGUGCCUCGCUAUACUUUCUUUCAAAGAUUACAGGGUUGGAAAAUGGAAAGGCGUCAACGCAUUAACGGAAGAUUUGACUUGUACUAUCAUCACCUACCAUCAAGGAAGGUGUUUCGGUCCAUCACUGAGGUUGUGAAUUUUUUCAUAUAUGAAGUUUAUCCCGACAAACCUCAAAAAUCUGCGACCAAAUUAAAUCCGGGCGAAAAUCAAUUUCCUGGUGAAACAAGUGAGGGAAAGAGGGUUUCGCCAUUGAAGAGGAAAGUUGAUGAAAUGAGGGAGAAAUGGCGUCCAAUGUUCUUUGACGUUAAUGGCGAUAAUAAGAAGAGUGAUGAUAGGCGCAUUGCACGUCCGUUUGAUCUUAACGACGAACAUCAAAAUGAUGAUGAAGAUGAUGAUGAUGAUUACUACUUCGGAGAUGAUCUGACAUGGAACCAGAAGGGAAGAGUGGAGAAGUUCUUGGCUGAAUCAUAUGAGAAUCUCCUAAACUUACCUAAUACUCAGAAACCCAAAUCCUUGAGUUUUGAUAUCAAUGAGGAAAUCUGUGAGGAAGAAGAAGAACAAAAAGAAGAAGAAGAGGAACAAAAAGAUGCCAACUUAAUCAAUUACCCUAAUGAACCCACUGUUGAGGAAUUACUGGCCGAGGCUUACGAUAACCUUGUAAACGGGGCCAGGGAUCAACUCAACUCCAUUAAAGGAAAGGAAAAGUGCGAAAGCUUCCCAGAGAUAGAAAGCAGCAAAAAAUUAAACACUUUGGCCCUUACAUGCCUUCCUUCUUCUUCUUCUUCUCCUCCCAACGUUCCCAUCAACAUAAACUCCAUUCCAUUAGAGACGAUCACAGAAGCACCCGAAGCCAUGGAAGUGGAAAACCCAGCUUCUAUUGUGAAUGUGAAACCUGAAUAUUUCGAUAUCAUCACAGAAGUGAAUCCUGAAAAUGUCAUCAUUGAUGACAAACCGAGCGAAGAGGCAGCGGCAGAGGGAGCGGCAGUGGCAGCGGCAGAGGCAGCGGCAGCGGCAGCGGCAGCGGUGGUGGUGGAGACAGAGACGGAGAAGAUGACAGAAGGCUAUGAUGGAAUCUGUUCUUCAAUGGAAGCGGCCAAAUCUGUUGCAUAUAUGAACAUGGAUGAGUGUGACCUGAUCAACCACAUCCCAGAAUCCUCGGACAUGUUUGACCUUGCUAUGUUCUUGGCCAAUAACAGGGAGAGCGGGGGCUUCUAAACCCUACAAAUAUAUGUGUGCGUGUGUGUAAUAAAAAGACUUCAAUAACCAAAACAUGUUUCUGGUUAGCCCUGGAAAAACCGA